UUUGUUUCUCUGUGCGAAGAAGAGAGAGAGAGAGAGAGAUACAGAGAAAUGGUUGCCAGAAGCCCACCGAAGCAGCAGCAGCGGAAGAUGGUGGUGGCGCCGCCGCCUCUCAGCCCCACUCUUCUCAGAGAGACGGUUAAAAAGGUAGACAUGUGUAUGGCCAGAUUACAGGAGCUUCAGUACACAGUGGCUGGUGGGACGAAAAUGAUAUCUGGUGUGAGGCUCAGUCCUAACAGUACCCGAACCUAUCUCCGAACCAGUUUACGCUGUAAACACGAGUCCCUCAGGAUUAAAAAUGCUACUGGUCAAAGAUCUCCUUCUGGAAAAUUGCCAACAAACAAUACAGAAACAGAGGAAUGGAGAAGAAUGUCAUUGCCAGCAAUGCUCUUGGGAGAGACAAUGGGUGAAAUUCUACAGGCAAGUCAAUUUGCUAGAAACAUCGUACAAUCUGUUUCUUCCAACACAAGAAAACCGACAACCGACGACCCCACAACUCCACUGACUGAGAAGAGGAGAAAGCAGAAACAAACGGAAACGGCACAACAACAGCACUCCGAACUUCACGCACGACGAAAGAUGGAAAAACAGACAAUGUGGUCCGAAUCAGAAAAGCCGUCCUCCAUUCAACGAGCUAAAUCGCGAAUAAACUUCAAAGCUUCUUCUUCUUCGCCCGUGCACAAGAGAGAUUGUGACAAGGAAAAUUGCAGGUACAUAGCUAACAGAAUUUCCCCAAGGAAUAGGCCAUGGGCUAGAAAGACUGUAUUAUUUCCCAACCCAUUAUUUCACUCUUCUCCACCCACAUCAAAUCAUCAAAAAUUCUCCAAGACUUAUACACCGGUGGUUACAAGAAAUCGACAAACUCCACACAAGUUCUUGAUAAAGUCCCCUAAGGCUAUUUCUCCCUCAAAGUUCCAAGUGAAAAUUAAAGCCCCUCCGGUUUCUAUUUCACCAACAAGAGCAGCAAAUUUAGGCAAGAAAUCGCCAAAGGCAUCGUUAUCUGCAGUAGCAAAGCUGAGAAGGUCAUUUUCACCAUCAAGGCUGGCAAACAGAUUAGCGUCACCAUUGAAAAACAGAAACAAUGUACAGAAGAAUGAAGGGUCGUCGUCAUCUUUAGCGAUGACAACUGCAGCAGCUAAGCUGCGUAGGUCAUUUUCACCGUCAAGGAUUGCAAACAGGCUAGUUUCCCCACUCAAAAGCAGAAAGCUUCUUCUUGUACAUAAUAAUAAUAAUAAUAAGAAUGAGGGGAAUAUUAUGAGUGGACUGAAACAGCGUCCCAUGUCUUUGUCAGUUCAGUUCUCACCUCGGAGAAUUUGAGCGAGCGUGUAUAAAUAAUCCAGGUCUGUCUGUCUGUACGUUGUUGUAAGAUUGAGAUCUUCUCAAUGUUCGUAGUUCUAAUUCAUGUGAUAUUUGAUGGAUAAAUAUACUACUUUUUCCAUGUUGUGAUAUCACUCA